CCAAUUCCCCUUUAUUAAAGUUUAAACUCCCCCCUUCCCCCUUCCUCCUCUCUUCCAUUAUAAAAACACUACAUAGGAGAGCAAAAUAAAAGUGUGUGUAAACAAGAGAGAGAGAGAGAGAGAGAGAGAGAGAGAGAGAGAGAGGUGCAUAAAUGGCUACAUUAGCAUCAGUUGGAUCUUUGGUUCUCUUGGUGAUGGUCACAGUUCUAGGGAGUUUUGCGAGCUCCGUGGCGGCGUCGGACCGCGUGAGGGGGCUCCCCGGGCAACCGGCGGCGAGCUUUCGACACUACGCCGGAUACGUCGACGUCGGCCCCGGCGAAGAGAAGGCGCUUUUCUAUUGGUUCUUUGAAGCACAAGAACGCCCCGAGGAGAAGCCCCUCCUCCUCUGGCUCAAUGGAGGACCGGGAUGCUCGUCGGUAGCAUACGGGGCCGCGCUGGAACUGGGUCCGUUUCUGGUUCGAUCCACUGGUCCAAAUCUCACACUCAAUCCCUACUCCUGGAACAAGGCUGCGAAUCUUUUGUUCGUGGAAGCUCCGGUCGGAGUCGGCUUCUCGUACACGAAUCGAACAUCGGAUUUGAAGGAGCUCGGAGAUAAUGUUACGGCGCAAGAUUCGUAUAGAUUUCUUUUAAAUUGGUUUACAAAGUAUCCAAAUUUGAAGUCUCACGAUUUCUAUAUAGCUGGAGAGAGCUAUGCAGGGCAUUAUGUUCCACAGCUUGCUCAGCUUAUAUAUGAAGAAAAUAAAAAGGCCACAAAAGACAAAUAUAUCAACUUGAAAGGUUUUAUGAUAGGCAAUGCUGUGCUGAACGACGCAACCGAUCAGCUGGGGAUGGUGGAAUACGCAUGGAGCCACGCGAUAAUAUCCGACGAGCUGUACUCGACGGUGCGAAAAGAGUGCGACUCAUUCAAGGAGGAGGCGGAGGGGGGGAAGCCCCGCAAGGGAUGCUCACCAGCCGUCAAAGCAUUCCUCCAAGCCUACGAUGACAUCGACAUCUACAGCAUCUACACCCCCGUCUGCCUCUCCUCCCUUUCCCAGUCUCCCCGCGGCUCCUCCGAUCUCCUCGCAGCCCCACGCCUCUUCUCUCAACAAGAGGUGUGGAGGCAUAGAAUGAGGAAGAUCCCUGCAGGAUAUGAUCCAUGCAUGGAGGACUACGUGAGGGCUUACUUCAAUCGCGAGGACGUGCAGAGAGCGCUGCACGCCAACCUGACCCACCUCCCCUACCCAUUCUCUCCUUGCAGCGAAGUAAUACGAAAAUGGAACGAUUCGCCUUCCACUGUCCUGCCCAUACUCAAGAAGCUCAUAAAUGCCGGACUCCGCAUUUGGGUUUACAGCGGGGACACCGAUGGUAGGGUUCCGGUGACGUCGACGAGGUACAGCAUCAACAAGAUGAAGCUCCAUGCCAAGAAGAAGGGAAAGGGGAAAGGAGAUGAAUGGGGAGGGUGGAGGGCAUGGUACUACAAGGAGCAGGUCGGGGGUUGGGUGGUGGAGUACGAAGAGGGCCUUGCGUUCGCCACCGUGCGCGGCGCGGGCCACCAGGUCCCAGUCUUCGCCCCGGCCCCGGCCCUCUCCCUCCUCUCCCACUUCCUUGCGGGGCGAUCUCUCCCCGCGUCGCGCUCCACAUGAUCAUACAAUACUAGUAAACCAUGAAAACUACACAAGCUACGUACGUGCAUGCAUGCGUGCACGCAUGCAUUGCAUGGCAUUGUCGACGAGCUAGUGUGUGCUCAUGCGAGUACGUACUUGGAGAUUGUGGUGUGAGUUUAUUAAUCUGUAAUGAGAUUGAAAGAUAAACUCGAUUAAUUGUUUAAUUGCGCAUUGUAAUUGUAUUGUGAUUGGUUUCUGCAAACACACAAGGAAUUUUUUACACUUUCA